AUGGUGGACUCCCUAAAGACCAAGUUGAUCUCUGGUGUCAGCUUCCAGCUGCAGAAGAUCAGGUGGGAGGAGGAGAGGAGCAGGAAGCCUGUGGAUGAGUGGACACACCUGGCCUCUGCUCUGGCAGGGACCCUUGAAGUCGUCCUGUCUGCUGCCUUUUCUCAGAUGCUGAUUGUAUCGUCCGCAGAACCUUGCACUCUGAGGAACUGUGAUCCCUUCCCAGUCCACAGACCACCAACUAGUCCCACUAGUCUCACCCACAGUCCAACUGAUAAAGUUCCUGCCACAAUCUCUCUUCCACUGUUUCUCAAGACUCCGGCACCAACCAUGGGCCCGGCCAGAAGACUUCUUGCACCAUGUCAAGUGGUCAGACUGCCAAACAGAACCUGUUUUUCAUCUCAGUUUGCCUCCUCCUCCCAGACUGUUUCCAUUUGGAAAGGCUCAUCUACAGGACAGGCCAGACCUGGUUUUAGUUCAGUACAAGCAACUGUGAAAGGGGGCAGAUCUGAAACCAGCACCCUACUUUCCAGUCCACAGACAUCUCUUAGUCCCAGCCCAGUCCCAACUAGUACACCACAAUCAUUUUCAGUCCUCUCCAGAUGUCCCUCCACCCCUCCCACAUUUCCACCCUCAAGCCCCACAGCUGCUUACCACCCCAGGUUUGGACAAAGUAGUAAACAUGCAACAAAAGAUCAUCUCACAGCAAUCACAGUCACAUCUGUGGUAGACUUCGAGAAGAUCUACAACUUCCUGAGUGCUGUCCAAAACCCCAGUGAUGAUUGUCAUCUUACACCAAUGGAGAGUGCCAUAGUCCUGGACCUACUAAUGUCUCUCCCAGAGGAACUCUGCCUGAUGGACUGUACAAACCUGCACAGACACAUGAUCCAGGGGCCCUGUACUCUGUCUACUCCUGAGCAAGAAGCCAUGCAGGAGUACAUCAAGACCUCGCUUCAAGCCGACAUCAUCAGGCCUUCUACCUCUCCAGCAGGCGUUGGUUUCUUCUUUGUGGGGAAGAAGGUGGAUCCUUAA